AUGGCAGGCGGCCUCACUGCCACUGCCGAUGUCAAUCGCAUCGAGGCGCCCGUCACAUGGAAGGCCUACCUCAUUUGCGCGUUCGCCUCUUUCGGUGGUAUCUUCUUCGGCUAUGAUUCUGGAUACAUCAACGGUGUCGUCGGCUCACCUGUCUUCAUCGCCCUGAUUGAGGGUCCUGGCCAGGAUGCUCUCCGCGGAUCCUACCAAUCGCUCAUUGUUUCUAUCCUGUCAGCUGGUACCUUCUUCGGUGCCAUCAUCGCUGGUGAUGUGGCCGACAUGAUCGGUCGCAAAUGGACUGUCAUUCUUGGUUGCGCUAUCUACAUCAUCGGUGUUAUCCUCCAGGUCGCAUCUUCAGGUCUCGGUCUGAUCGUGGCUGGUCGUCUGAUUGCCGGUGUCGGUGUCGGUUUCGAGUCAGCCGUCGUCAUCCUCUACAUGUCCGAGAUCUGCCCCCGCAAGGUCCGUGGCGCCCUCGUCGCUGGCUACCAAUUCUGCAUCACGAUUGGUCUGCUCAUCGCAGCCUGUGUGAACUACGCAGUCCAGGACCGCGCCGACACUGGUUCUUACCGCAUCCCGAUUGGCAUCCAGUUCGCCUGGGGUCUCAUCCUCGGUGGUGGUCUCUUCUUCCUGCCAGACUCCCCACGAUACUUCGUCAAGCGUGGCCGUGUCGAGAAGGCUCGCAAUGCUCUUGCCCGCCUGCGUGGUCAGCCACAAGAGAGCGAGUACAUCGAGUCUGAGCUUGCUGAGAUUGUCGCCAACGAAGAGUAUGAACGCUCCAUCAUCCCAGCUGGUGGUUGGAUCCAGGGCUGGGCCAACUGCUUCAGCGGCUCCGUCUUCAAGUCGAACUCCAACCUACGCAAGACCAUCCUGGGUACUUCUCUCCAGAUGAUGCAGCAGUGGACCGGUGUCAACUUCAUCUUCUACUACUCCACCCCGUUCCUGCAAUCGACCGGCGCUAUCGACAACGUCUUCUUGAUCUCGCUGGUCUUCACCCUGGUCAACGUGUGCUCGACCCCGAUCUCUUUCUACACCGUUGAGAAGUUCGGUCGUCGUCCACUCCUCGUCUGGGGUGCUCUUGGCAUGUUGAUCUGCCAGUUCCUCGUUGCCAUCAUCGGUGUCACCGUCGGAUUCAACAACUCCACCACCGUCGGCGUUGGCGCCGAUGCUGUCACGACUGCCAACAACAUUCCGGCCGUCAACGCCCAGAUUGCGUUCAUCGCCAUCUUCAUCUUCUUCUUCGCCAGCACUUGGGGUCCAGGCGCCUGGAUUCUCAUCGGUGAGAUCUUCCCACUGCCAAUCCGAUCUCGUGGUGUCGGUCUCUCGACUGCAUCCAACUGGCUCUGGAACACCAUCAUCGCUGUCAUCACCCCAUACAUGGUCGGCACGGACGAGGGCAACCUCAGAUCCAGCGUCUUCUUCAUCUGGGGCGGUCUCUGCACUGCUGCGUUCGUCUACGCAUACCUAUUUGUGCCAGAAACCAAGGGUCUGUCUCUUGAGCAAGUCGACAAGAUGAUGGAGGAGACCACUCCACGUACCUCUUCCAAGUGGAAGCCAUCGACCACCUUCGCAUCCGAGAUGGGCAUGGCUAACGGCGAGAAGCUGGAUGGCGAGGUCACAGCGGACGUCGAGCGCAAGGGCUCAGUCUUCUAG